AGGGUCAGGCCCGUAGCUCCGCCCCUGGAGCCGCUCAGCCGGGGCGCUUGGGGCUAGGGGAAGCGACUCGCUGAUUUACUAGGCAGUCGGUCGCGAAGUACCAUGCAGGCGUCCCGGUACAGUAUAGAAGCCGAGCCUGGCUGGUACGUAUCUGUCCAGCAGCCGGAGGAGGCGGUGGCCGCAGAAGAGUGGAGUCCGUUGCUAAGCAACGAACCUCGCAGACAGGGAUCCUCUGGUGCUUCAUUUGGUCUCUCCGUCUUUAAUGUGAUGAACGCCAUCAUGGGAAGUGGCAUCCUUGGCUUGGCUUAUGUGAUGGCUAACACGGGUAUCCUUGGAUUUAGUUUCCUGCUGCUCUUAGUCGCUCUCCUGGCUUCUUACUCAGUCCAUCUCCUGCUGGCUAUGUGCAUCCACACAGCUGUGACGUCUUACGAAGAUCUUGGACUCUUCGCCUUUGGAUUACCUGGAAAGGUGGUGGUGGCAGGCACCAUAAUAAUUCAGAAUAUUGGAGCUAUGUCAUCUUACCUUUUAAUUAUUAAAACAGAGCUUCCUGCUGCUAUUUCAGAAGUUUUGCCUAGUGACCACAGUGGGGCUUGGUAUCUUGAUGGACAGAUGCUGCUAAUCAUAAUCUGUGUCGGCAUUGUGUUCCCUCUCUCACUGCUCCCCAAAAUAGGCUUUCUUGGCUACACAAGCAGUCUAUCAUUUUUCUUUAUGGUGUUCUUUGCUCUUGUGGUAGUAAUUAAAAAAUGGGCCGUUCCUUGUCCUCUGACCUUAAAUUGCAUCAAUGCAGUCUUUCAGAUUUCAAACGCUACAGAUGACUGUAAACCAAAGCUCUUUCAUUUCUCCAAAGAGAGUGUCUACGCCAUACCAACGAUGGCUUUUUCAUUUCUCUGCCAUACCUCAGUAUUGCCCAUAUACUGUGAGCUUCGAAGCCCUUCAAAGAAAAGGAUGCAGAAUGUGACCAACACAGCGAUUGCGCUGAGCUUCCUGGUUUACUUCGUGUCUGCUCUCUUUGGCUACCUCACUUUUUAUGACAAAGUGGAGUCAGAAUUACUGCAAGGUUACAGUAAAUACUUGCCACAUGAUGCUGCUGUCAUGGCUGUGAAGUUAUGCAUACUGUUUGCUGUGCUUCUGACAGUCCCUCUAAUCCACUUCCCUGCCAGAAAAGCUUUGAUGAUGAUACUUUUCUCAAACUAUCCAUUUUCCUGGAUCCGGCAUUCUCUGACCACAUUAGCGCUCAACAUCAUCAUUGUUUUACUUGCAAUAUAUGUUCCUGACAUUAGAAAUGUAUUUGGUGUAGUUGGCGCCAGCACAUCGACAUGCUUGAUUUUUGUGUUCCCAGGAUUGUUUUAUCUUAAACUCAGCCGAGAGGAUUUUCUCUCAUGGAAAAAGCUUGGGGCUUUGUCCCUGCUCAGCACAGGCAUUGUGGUCGGAAGCUUCAGUCUAGUGCUCAUCAUUCUUGACUGGGUCAACAAAUGAAAUCAAAUGUUUUUAUUAUGAAGAAUGACUUACCUCUAUAAAUAAGGGAUCAUUAUAGAAGGUGCCAUAUAUGAAAAUUACACUCUCAGGAAAAUUGUUAACAGGAACGCAGGACAGAGUAUCAGUGUGAAUAGAGCCGUUUUAAUUUUAACCAAAAUUAGAAAUAUUCAAAAUACUUGAAAAAUGCACAGAGUCACUCUUUGUUCAGGAGUUUUGUUUUCUGUGUUUUGUUUUGUGUUUGAGACAGGACCUAGCAGUGUAAACCAGGCUGGCCUUGAACUCGAGGUGGUUUUCUGUUGGGAAUUGGUUCUAAUGCUUUGUCUUAACUCGCCUCUUCUCCAGGCCUGAGGGUCCCUGCCCCCAGCUGGCUUCCACUGGUAAUAAAGAAUUGCUGUAUAGCCAAUGGCUGGGCAGGGAGAUGGGGCAGGACUUUUAGAUUGUGUGGGCAGAGGACAGAGGGAGAGGGAAAGAGGAAGAGAAUCGUCCUGACUCUAGGCAGAGGGAUCAUAUUUAAGAGCUGCAGAAGAAAAUUAUCCAGCAACAUAGGUGAAAAUGGAAUGCGACCCUGGGGGGUAGGGGGUAGGGGGGUGCUGCCCAAUAGGUAACAGGGCAGCAAAGAUAAAACAUAAAUUUAGAAGGUGUUAAGCCAGGAACACUGGAGGGUAAUAUAUUAUGCUAGCCUCAGAGAGGAUUAGAGAUGCCCAGCCAUUGAGCUAGUCAAGGCAUAUCAAAGUUAUACAUCAAAAAGAUGUAUACAUCUUUCAUUUGAGAAUCCAGCUCAAAGCCAAAGUGGGUUAGCCCAUACACCACUACUACAGUCUGCCUGCUGCUGUUUCCUGCCAAGUGCUGGGGUUAGAAACUGGGCCACCAUCCUGGCACAUGCCUGGCACUUGUGACUUUUAAAAAAAGGAACCUUUAUUUAUUUUUUUAGAGUAGUUUUACGUUUUCAGAUAUAUGAGCUGAUGAAACGAGGGACCCCAUGUGACUCCUUACUCCAACUCUAGCUUUUUCCAACCUGAAUGCCUUGUGUCCGUGUAGCAUGUGUUUCACCCAGGGAGGCCAAGUCCAUGGUUGACAUCAGGGUUAUUCUUGGCCACUACUGAUCUUCCUACCAGAAUGCCAUGAUUGGGAUCAUGUAGGACUGAGUGUCAUUUUCAGGCUGACUUCAUUGAUUUAACAGCCUGUUCCUUUUAGUACUGAGUAAUGUCCCAUUGUAUGGAUGUAUACGUCCAUUCACCGCAUGAAGACCUUUCUACUGCUUCUAAGUUUUGCCAACCAUCAAUAAAGGUGCUAAAAAUGUU